AUGGAUGUUGAAUGUUCCCAUUGCAAAGCCCUUCACUUUUCCUCUGAAAAGCUAUCAUCCUCUACUCGCAAUCACAUCCGCUUUGGCAUGUGCUGUUUACAAGGCCAAAUUAGGCUGCCUGUGUUAUUGGACCCUCCUCAAACACUGCGUAAUCUUCUCUGUGGAGACACUGAGAAUGCCAAAUCAUUCAGGCUAAAUAUCAGGCAAUACAAUAGUGCAUUUGCAUUUACUUCUAUUGCUGCCAAGCUAUCAGAUCAUGUUACCACUACUUCUGGGCCAUAUGCAUUUAAAAUCCAUGGAGAACUUUAUCAUCAAAUGGGUACCCUGCUACCACCCAACCAUCUUAGACCUUCCUAUGCUCAGCUCUAUGUUAUUGAUCCUCAGGCUGCACUCAAUGAGCGCAACAAUGCCAAUCCCAACUUGAAGUCUGAGAUCAUGAAUAACUUGCAGGAUAUGUUUCAUGAGCACAAUCCUUAUGUUCCCCUGUACCGCCAUGCCUAUCAAAUCAUGGCAGACAAGAAUCCUGGAGAACGAGACAAGCUUGCAGCCCGUAUUGCUGUCUUGCCCAAUACUGAUCAUCGCCGCUAUAAUGAGCCUACCGCAGAUGAAGUUGCUGCCAUCAUUCCUGGAAGUGGAGAUGAGGAAGUAGACUUGCACAGAGAUAUUGUUGUCCGCUAUAACCAUGGAGGUCUAAAGCAUUUCAGCCAUCUUCACCCUCACUAUAGUCCCUUGCAUUAUGUGACAUUAUUUCCACAUGGCGAACAAGGCUUUCAUCCCAAUAUUCCUGCUCAUCCUGGACCUAAUGGCCAAAUGCUCUCAUCCAAGGUGUCUCAGCGCUGCUAUUAUGCCUAUCGUCUUAUGCGCCGUCUGCUUGAUCCUGAAACCAUCUUUAGAGCUGGCAAGCUAUUUCAGCAAUAUGUGGUUGAUGCUUGGGCAUCUAUUGAGUCUAGCAACCUUUUCUGGAUCAGGAACCAUCAGAAGGAGAUCAGAGCUGAAAAGUACCAGUCAUUGUUUGAUGCUAUCCAUGCAGAAGCUGAGGUAGACCUAGGCCAGCGGGGAAAACGUAUUGUGCUUCCCUCUACUCAUGCAGGCAGUCCACGUUAUAUGUAUCAGCUUUUCCAAGAUUCUAUGGCUAUCACUCACCACUGCCAUAAGCCUGACAUCUUUAUCACCAUGACUGCAAACCCU